AUGACUACUCCAAUUAAAAAAGCUACUGAUGUAUACUUCACUUUAAAUAAUGGUAUCAAAAUCCCGGCUUUGGGGUUGGGUACUGUUCCACCAGAUGAUCCAAGUGAGGUUAAAGAUCAAGUCGUCACAGCAAUCAAAGCUGGAUACCGCUUGAUCGAUACCGCGUGGUACUAUGGUACUGAAAAGUACGUUGGCCAGGCUUUGAAGGAAGUUUUUGACGAGGGCAUCGUUAAGAGAGAAGAUGUGUUUAUCACCACUAAAGUGUGGCCCUCAUUUUGGCACAGUCCCGAAAAGUCACUAGACAUUUCAUUAAAGACCCUUGGAUUGGAUUAUGUUGACUUGUUCUUGCAACAUUGGCCAGUCGAAUUACAUGGUGAUGAAAACGGCCAGCCAACUGCUCCAAAAGACGACAAGGGAAACUUGAUAUAUGAUGAUGAUCCAGCUACUGGUACCAAGUUUAUCGAAGUGUAUCAAAGUUUGGAGAAAAUCUUGGACAACACCAAGAAAACUAGAUCAAUUGGUGUUUCAAACUAUUCCUUGCCCAAGCUUCGUCAAUUGUUGCCUCAUGUUAAGCAUGUUCCAGUAGUGAACCAAAUUGAAUAUCAUCCUCAAUUGCCACAACAAAAUUUGGUGGAUUUCUGUAACCAACAUAAAAUCAUUGUUGAAGCAUACUCGCCAGUUGGAGGUACAGGAGCACCGGUUUUGAAAUUGCCAUUGGUUCAGGAAUUGGCCAAGAAAUACGAUGUUAGUACUAACGAGAUUGUUGACGCUUAUCAAAUCUUGAAUGGUAGAAUUGCCAUCCCCAGAUCUUCGAAUUUGGAUAGAAUCAAGGAGAUUGUCAACUUGCCAGAUUUGAGCAAAGAAGAGUUGGAUGAGUUGUAUCAAAUUGGUGUUGUUAAUCCAACUAGGUAUACAACAGACCCUUGGGGUUAUGGUUUAGGAUUCCGUUGGUGGGAUGGAGACACAUUAAGUAAAGAGUUUGAAUAG